UCUACAACAACUGGGCAAUCAUUUUUUUUUCCCUACUAGAAACGUCUCAAAUUGCCAACUGUCUCUGCUCCUCACGCCACACACGGAGAAGCAAACACGCGCGGAGUUCUCUGUACUCAGUCUCUUCUCGUCAGAUCGAGUCAGCUGAAGAUGCCUUCUCGCCGGCGAACGCUUCUGAAAGUCAUCAUCCUCGGCGAUAGCGGGGUUGGAAAGACUUCGUUGAUGAAUCAAUAUGUAAAUAAGAAGUUCAGCAAUCAGUACAAAGCAACCAUUGGAGCUGAUUUCUUGACAAAGGAAGUGCAGUUUGAGGAUCGGCUCUUUACUCUACAGAUAUGGGACACUGCUGGCCAAGAGAGAUUUCAGAGUCUUGGUGUUGCUUUCUACCGCGGUGCUGAUUGUUGUGUCCUUGUUUAUGAUGUAAAUUCAAUGAAGUCAUUUGAAAACUUGAACAACUGGAGAGAAGAGUUCUUAAUUCAGGCAAGCCCAUCUGAUCCAGAGAACUUCCCAUUUGUCGUGCUGGGGAACAAAGUUGAUGUUGAUGGUGGAAAUAGUAGAGUGGUGUCUGAGAAAAAGGCUCGGGCCUGGUGCGCUUCAAAGGGUAACAUUCCCUACUUUGAAACUUCAGCUAAGGAAGGAACCAACGUAGAGGAGGCUUUCCAAUGCAUUGCUAAAAAUGCCCUGAAGAGUGGAGAGGAGGAAGAAAUAUAUUUGCCCGACACCAUUGAUGUUGCCGCUAGCAGUCAGCAGAGGACAGGUGGAUGUGAGUGUUAGACAGUUAACAAUUUUCGAAGUGAUGAUAAAUCUUGCAGCUCCAAAAAAAAUUGGAUUCCUUUAGCCCCCGCUUUUAUUGUUUGCUUCUCAUGGUGUUCUUUUUCUGGUAAAUUCUCAAGUUGUACCUGUAUAUGCAUUUGCACGGGGCAUCUGGUUGGUUUCUUGGUGCUUGAAUUCUGUUGGUACUACUUUCACUUUGAUAAAACUUCAAGAUUUGUUGGAUUCGUAUUCGCCUCUCUGGUGAAAGCUCUUGCUUUACAAUAAUCUUCUCAGUUGA